CCGGUCGUCUCCUCUGUACCUCAGAGAGCGGAAUCGUUCUCCCUGUCCUCGCCUCCGCUGCCUCUGCUCGUCCGUGCGUCGACCAGAUUUGGGGAAGAUCUGAGAUAGCUUCUCCAUUGCGGCCACCAAGGAUUUACCGAUCUGCUACUCAGUGGUCGGGCCUCGCCAGUCGCCACGCCGCGUGCUCUUCCGGCGUCAAGGGAGCUUCACAGCUUCGCUCUUCAGUACCGGAGUCGGGCUCGCUUGACUAUUGCGCCAAGUAUGGGGAUGGGCGACGGCGACCCGAGGCUUCCCCGUGAUCUGUUUCUUUGGUUCAGUGAAGUUCUCUAUGGUCGAUUCACAUCGAUGUCGUCUUUUAUCAUUCAGAUGUCGCCAUGGCGUAUUCCGGACGGCCAAGGCAGGAGCCGAGACAAGGAGGUCCCCGUGGCCAGCGAGCCACAUGGGCAGGCAGCCGCGUCCAUCAUGGAGCUGCAAUUCAUCUUUGUUUACCUCCUCGACUCCAUUCUCUUGAUAUGGGAGUGUUGUUGUCUCCACCUUGGCACUAACCCGAGGCUCUUUCUUGAUUCCGUCCAGGCCCAAGUAGAUUUGCACAUCUUCAUACCUGGGAUUUUCUACUUGAUUCAUCUCCUCCUGGUCAUUGUGAUUUUUUAUGUGGAGCACAAAGUUUGGAUGGCAGUACUUCUUUGGGCCCUGCCAGAGAAAACUGCCUUGGAAGCCAUUAGCCACCGACGGGACCGGAAAAUCCAUUCUCAAUGUGGCUGCGCUUACCCUCGUGCGUCACCGCGAGGAUUGUGCUGGAGCUGCAUCUUGGGCGGCGGCGACUGGAGGCUCCCAUGGAUCUGGGUUCUACGUUUUCCUUUAUUUUUCGAUCUGGGCCCACAUUUUUUCACAGCCUCCGGUCUUCGUCUCGGUUUUACAUGGCGGCCACCAUCAUCGUCCUCACAUAUUUUCUGGCUGCAGGAGGAUUUCAGUAGUAGAAAUUUAAACUAUUGAAUGCACAGCUUUGCCACUUCAAGUUGUAGAACUUUCUAAACAAGUUAGCACUUUGUUGUUGCAGGUCUAAUUAGUUAGUGCUUCGGAUUGUUGUGUGAUGGAUUGUUGUUUAUGGUAAUUAGGACAUGAGUUUGAUGCAACACCCGUGGAUGAUUAGCCUACAUAUUAAGUUAUUCCAUUAGGUGUGCUCAUUACACUUA